AUGACAAAACCAAAGGUUUUAUUCAUCGGCGACUUGAACAAAGACUUGCCUGAAUAUGCCCAGUUCAUCAAAAAGGUUGAGCCGGUUUUCUACGACUUGCCUGGCUCCAAAGAGCAGGUGAUCCAGGACUUCAGAACCAAGUUCAAUGACAUCCAAGCAAUCUACGGCGCCUGGUUGGGGUUUGUGCUCCUUGGAGGAUUCACCGGAGAGAUUCUCGAGGCAGCUCCAAAGUCCUUGCGUGUUGUUUCCAUCUGUUCUGUGGGAUUCGAGCCCUACAAUGGCUCCAGGAUGGCUGAGAAGGGCAUCAUCUUAACCAACGUUCCUUCUGACGGUGCCUCCAAGCCUGUGGCUGAACUCGUCUUGUACAACGCCUUGUGUGCCUUCAGAAACUUCCCUGCUUUCACCACUUCCUUCACUGCAGACAUCAACCACACCGUGCAGAUGAGAAAGCUUCUUGAUUCCAACAAAUUCGACUCUGAAAAGGGAAGAUGCCACCUUGAUGCCGCCCACGGCUACUCCUUUGGCCACUACGCAGGCGGAAGACCAUGCUUGAGUCCUAAUGGCCAUAACGUCGUCAUUGUGGGUUUUGGAAACAUUGGCCAGACAAUUGCAAGUUACUUGCUGAACGUGGGAAUGAACAUUCACUACGUCAAACGCUCCCCAUUGUCCAAAGAGCACGAAGCCAGUUUGGGUUUCCCUGUUCACUACCACAAGACUCUCGUGGACGCCAGAGAAGUCGCCGACCUUGUGGUCAUUGCCUGUCCUGGUACUCCUGAAACAUACCACAUGGUAAACUCUGAGGUUAUUGAUGCUAUGGCCAAGCCUUUCAGAAUCAUCAACAUUGGUAGAGGGCCUGUAAUCGAUGAACAGGCUUUAGUAGACGGCCUCAAGCUGGGCAAGGUCUUGUUCGCUGGACUUGACGUCUUUGAGGGCGAGCCACAGGUGCAUCCCGACCUUUACAACCGCCAUGAUGUUGUCUUGACGCCUCACAUCGGUGCCUCUACCAAGGAAAACUACGACUACACUGCUGUGAUGGCGAUGAAGAAUAUUGAAAACGUGUUGCUUGAAGGUGGGGAGGGCAUCAGCAAGGUGAACUAG